AUAUACAUUGGGAUAGUUUUUGUAUCUUUCAUCUAGAUCUAUUCCAAUCUCUCUCUACAGUCAAGUCUUCAGCUCUUCAGUCCAGGUGAAUUUGCUAGCGAGUUUCCCUAUUUUGACAGUUUGCCCUUUGCUUGUGUUUGUUAUUCUGUCCAUGGAAAUGGAAACAGUUGCUGAGUACUCAGCGCAAUGCAGUUUUCUAUGACCAGUUAUUUUUCUGUGUCAUCAUUACUUACUAAUUUGAGGUUGUCUCCUUUUGUCUCAGUGACUACUGAGAAAGAAUCUGGCAGCUAUCACACACACACAUAGCUAGCUAGGUCUGAGUUUAUUAUUAGAAGCAUUUGUUUCCCAAAUAGUAUCUGGGAAGUUAAAAUUUGCCAUGGCACAAUUCCCAGUAGUGUUUCCAUAAUAACAUUUUAGCGACAGACCUUUUCUUGCACCAUUAUAUUUUAGCUGCAGACAAGAAAGGCCAGGUUUCAAUGAUGUGUCCAAAUAAAAAACAACAAUUCCCCAAAAAACAGAGGCUGUGAGCAGGUGGCUUGGGCUGCUGGAAGUGGUGCUUCCUGUUUCCAUACAAUGGGGGAUUUUAUGAUGAAUUAAAUGAUGGUGAGUUAACUGACAGAUGGCUUUUAAUAAAUUGCAAAAUCAGUCUUCCACUUGCAUGGAUGAAGUGGCUAAACAUUGAAACAGAAGGAGUAUUGUACUAAGAUUGCACAUGGCUUGGAUAUUGGCCUAUUGAUCAUAUUCACAUGAGUCAGGUCCAGCUUCCAUUUGGAACAGGAGCACAGCAGUAAAAAGUCUGAUCCAUGAGCUAUUGUUCUCCUGAGUUAGAGAGACUAAGCCAGCAUUUUCUGCUAUAGGAUUACGCUCUUCAGCCUGGACUGCCAUGGAGGGAGGAUUCUUUCUCUUGUGCCACCAGCUCAGUUUUUUGGGGUAUCUUUCUGAUUCUUCCAACCUGUGACAAGUGACCAUUUGCCCACUAGCCAUGGGCAUAAGCUGGCAGGAGUUGUAAGCGGGUAAGUCAGUCAUGGAAAGAAAUGCAUUCAAGAUUUUCACACGUUUUGCCUAUAUCCAAGACUUUGCAACUUGAAAUUUUAAAAGUAAGAAACAUGCAAAGCAGUCUUCUUCUCAGCAAGUAUCUGUGUCCCAUUGAAAUUAGCAUGCUGUUCAAAUAUGACAAGGCUUCUAGCAGUCUGUCAUAACAUUUCUGACUUUCAGAGGCUCACCUAACUUCUCACUCUCCUUCUCCCUGGAAUCUAAUAAUAGUUAUUUGUAUUGCUUUUAUGGCCCUAUUUUGUGUACUGACAUGCUACAUCCUAUUUGCAAGUAAAGAUCAGUCUGAAGAGCACCUGCCAGAAAAACUGUGCACCUGUUGUUAGAUCUUUGGCAGCAAACCAGAAAGAAAUACAGGCCAGUUGACAGUGGCCAAAGAAGUGGGCCAAAAGUUUGAAGUGGAAAGGUUAUAUAUCUGAGAGCUGCAGUAGCUGCCUGAGCACUUGCAAUAAUGACUUGGCUGCACAGGUGAAGCCAGCAGGACACAGGACAAAACCUUGGGGGUCUGAAGGUCCCUAAGAAUCAGAGGCUGUGGUAAGAGCCAGCAGGAAAAACAUUGUAGUCUUUUUCAUAAAUGCACAGAGAAAGAAACUGGGCAUUAAGCUGUGCUUUAAAUGGAAAAGGCAUCUUACAUGCCAGCCUCUCCUUGGAAAGGAGACGAGAGUGGGUCCUGGCAUGGUGCUGUAGGACUGACAGAGCUAUCAUUAAAGGACAAGGAUUUAAUCUUCCAGAAGCACCUUAUGUCAGUCAUCUGAGCACACAGGCCAAGUGGGUAGGGACCUAGAGCCACAGGAUCAAGGACUUCUUGUUCUCCCUGAGCUCAGUGCCCUCCUGCAUUUGGCACUGGAGCUAUGACCUAGCAGCAGACUGCAAGUAAGAGUCUCCCACUGCCCUGCUACCUCCCUCAGUUAUCUUUCCCAUCCACCCCUUCACCUCUCUCCUUUUCACAUAUUUCCCUUGUGCCAGAUGCCACAGCUGAUAUCCUCUGGGAACAGCAGUCCACUGCAUGCCUGCAAGCUACAGGGAAGAGACUGCCAUGUCCCAGGAAGAUGGGUAGGAGAACUGGAUCUUGAGAGGUUUGUCUCCUGCCAGGGGAGGAAGCAGCAGCUCUUGUCUGCUUUGCUGCAUUCAGUGCCAUGAAGCUUCAGUUUGGGUUACCCAUGGACAUUCAUAGAGGUGGAGUCACUCAGUAUACUGACAUCCAUUGGGAGGAUGAAGGGACAAGUGGAGAACUUGAGUUUCAUAUGACACUGUAAUUAAAUGGAAACAAGAGAACAAUUGACGGGCUGAAACCUGAGGUUUAAUGUUCUUUUGACCUGGUGAAAAUCAUAAGCUGCUCAGGACAUAUUUUCUGUAAUUUGUCAAACCCUUUUCUCUUUUCCUUUCCACUGUUUUGUUUGCAAUGCUCUUCAAGUGCGUGUGCUUUGACUUAUUUCUUCCUCUGCAUAUGCCUAAUGAAGCAAAAGAGUGCCUAGUGCCUAUUAGAUAAUGUAUUUCUUUAUGGGUUUGUAGAUGCGCACGUAUAAAAACAUGCAUUAAAGGCUUCACUUUGGUUGGCAAAUAGCAUUUCCUAAUGUGCUCACCGCCCCAGACUGCAUUUUACUGGAGUAAAAAUAAAAGGAAGCUGUCUCAGCCUACCUGGGUUACCUCCAUGACAUUUCCUGCAAUCAUGUUUUGUUUGCUGGUGUCCUGUCUCCCAGAUCGAGUAGAGGAGCACUGCAAAGCCCAGGGCAGGAGAAAGCAUUCUGCAAUUCCCAGAAAAGGCAGGCCCUGGGGACUCAGAAAGCAGUCACAGCCUAAUGUAGUUCUUUGGCUGACCACGACUUGAAAAAGUGACCUCAAACCAGGUGGGGGUUGCAUGCUGUGAGCUCAUGACAAACACUGUGGGUUCUGAUGAGAUGUGCUACACCACUAACCAGAUUUUUUAAAGCUUGUGGGACAGGCAUCAACAAGUUGUCUCCUGGCAAAGAACCUCUGGAAGAAAUAUGCAGCCACAAGUUGAUGACUAAAGCUAUGUAAGGACUGGUGCUAGCUACAACUGGAGCUCUAAGUGCAGUGAAGAGCACCUGGGGGCAGCCCCGAGCACCUAGAUGGGGCUCAGCUGAACAAGCCCUCCUCUUGAAUCCUGUCAUAAGCACCACCAUGCGGGAACCGGGCUGGACCUGCCAGAGGCAGCAGCAACAGCCUGGGCGGCCCUGAGCAGAAGCGACGAGUUCCGUCCUCUUCUCUGGGGUGAUUUAAAGAUAACAUAAGCUGCUCUGUUAACAACCGGUUUAUGAGUCAUGAAACGAAUUCUUCUGUUUUUUAUCCUGGCUGCUGCUGUUAUGUAUGGUAUCCUGCACGGAAAUCUGUGGAGAAAUAACUUCUACUGGAUUAGCUUUUAUGGACAGACUUCCUCUGUGAGGGCUUCUCCUUCCUAUGUGACUAGUGGAGUUACAAUCAGUUACGAUCAGCUACCACCUACGGCUGUGGAAAGGAGGAAUGCACUGGACACUUGUCUCCUGAAACCAGCAUUUGAAUCUUUACUGGGUGUUGACAAAAUAUACCCGUUCCUGUGUGCUAAUGAUUUUAUCAGAGUGGCAGAGUUCCAAGGGAGCAAUAAGUUUGAACUACCUUAUGGCAUAAAGAGAGCAGAGCAAUUUUUUCGUUUAGCCCUUUCAAGAUUGCAGAACUGUGGCCUUUCCAGUGAAGAAGACAGCAUUGCCUGUCGACGGUGUGUUGUGGUCGGUAAUGGAGGAGUACUUCGAAAUAAGACACUAGGGGAGAAAAUUGACUCAUAUGAUGUUAUAAUAAGAAUGAAUAAUGGCCCUGUGAUAGGGUACGAAGAGGAUGUUGGAAGGAGGACAACUUUCCGCCUUUCUUACCCAGAAUCUAUCUUCUCAGAUCCCAUCCACUAUGACCCUAAUACCACUGUUGUUCUCAUUGUCUUCAAACCACGGGACUUGAAGUGGCUUUGGGAGAUACUUGGUGGUCAGAAAAUAAGCGCAAAGGGCUUUUGGAAGAAACCGGCUCUGAAUAUGAUCUACAAAUCAAAUCAAAUCAGGAUUCUUGAUCCCAGCAUCACCAGGAAAACUGCUUAUGAGUUGCUUCAUUUCCCAACGAGGUUUCCUAAGAAGGAGAAACCCAAGCAUCCAACAACAGGACUGAUUGCCAUUACACUGGCAUUUCACAUAUGUCAUGAAGUCCACCUGGCAGGCUUCAAGUACGACUUCACUGACAGAAAUAGUUCUUUGCACUACUAUGGCAAUGAAACCAUGUCUCAGAUGAUGCAGAAUGAGUACCACAACAUCACUGCCGAGCAGAAAUUUUUGAAGAAACUUAUAGACAAGAACUUUGUGGUCAAUUUGACGUGAAAGCUGAACGGAAGAUACCAAGAACAGUCACUAUUUCAAGAUUUGAAAAGUUUUUAUUUUUUGUAUGACAUUUUUAUUUUUUAAGUGCAGCAUAACUGUUUACUGUUUAAAGGAGCCCAGAAACCUCAUUGAGGCAAAGGCUUCUAAGCCUGAGGGUAAUGGACUUAGUGCAAACAGAUUUAACUGAAUUUCUGUGAAGCUAUUUAAUAGUGGGAAAACCAUGAAACUUUCAACUGAAAGUAUCAGGGAUAUAUAAAAAUGUGAGUUACAUCACUUAAUUAUCAGUGAGAGCUCUUUCCAAAUGAUUAAUGCUCUGGAAUACUUCUGUUUCUGAUGCUGUCCUGCAAAAGAGUUCCACUGUCAAGAUCCUGAGAUGACCAGUGUUCAGUCAGUAAGGUGGAUGUGAAGUUAUGACUAUCUGUCUUGUAUGAAAAUGGUUGUAAAACUAUGCAUCAAAAUCAUUACUGUGUGUGUUGGAGAAGGGGGAACAUGCAGACUGUACACGUUUUGUACUGCCAUACUCUUGAGGAGAGUAACCUUCAGCCAAACAGCCACAGCUUCUGCACUGACCAUCAGCUCUGAACUUCCAUCUGCCUUUGCUGAAGGUGAAGACCCUUUGUCCGAUUUGUGGAGAUGUUGGUGUUGACAAUGCUUGAGUUGUACCCAUUUUAUGGAAAAAUCAUACUCUCUGUGCUGUGCAUCCACUAAAUUUUGCGGUUACUGAGGUGACUUUAAAAAGAGGGAAUAUGAAGACUGAAGAGCUGUCCAAAACUACCUGCUUGUCAGCCCCAGACCACAACAGAAACACAAGCUUGGACAAAGAUGUUCAUGCCUGGGUUUAGAGUCAAAUGUUUGUUGGAGUCCUAGUUUUCCAGGACAGGAUCUCAUGUAUUGUUUUGUUUGCUCCUCAAAAACAGGUGGAUUUUUCCAAACGAGGUCAGUUUCCUUCCUCAGAUGCUGUAAUGCAUCAAUACAAGCAAGGAAUACUCCCGUUUUUGGCAGUAGAGUGUGGUAGGGAAUAUCCAGGACAUACCUCAGCUGAAUUAUCAUUUGGCAUCUGUUUACCUUUUCUGUCUUGAUAUUUAAUUUUGAGGUGUGUGUCUGAAGUAAAUAAUUUAGUAGUGGGAACUUACUCAAGAUUUUAAUUGAAACAUUUAAUGGGAUGUUUAUGUUUCCUGUAUUGGUUUGUCUCUGACAAGCCUGUGAAUAAAUGAAAUCUGCAUGGGAAGGUGCUUGACAAUGGUCAAAGAACAGCAAUAUGCUGUUCCAGUUCUCUCACAGGACAUUUAUAUAAAGUUUUUAUUUUAAUUAUAGCAGAAUUUUCUGGAAGAUUUUAUGGUUGUCUUUAUCAAUCACACCUGAAGAAAGCACAAAGAAGUCCACUUUAAAAAGUCUUUGAACUUGGUAGGAAUACCAUUGUUGCUUUUAAAUAAAAUCAUAGAGAGAGUACACUUAGGUAAUGCAAACAAUUGCAAUAUGAACAUAAACCAUGGUAUUUAUUUUCAGAAGCUGAGGAUUGCAAGAGUACUGAACACAAUUUAUUUUGCUGCAGCUGUGUAGAGGAAUAACCACUGAAGUAACCUAAAAAAAACCAAAAAGCCAACAACAAAACUAAAAACACCUUCCAUAGUUCUCAUUUCCAGCUUUAGCUCCUUGGCUCUGUCAUUUGGGAAUUAGGGAGGGCAGUUACGGUCUGGAGAGGUACCACAGCUGAAGGGAGGAGGCUUGUGUUUUCAUCCAGUGAUUCCUGAGCUUUGGUUUGUUUCAAGCAAGCUGAACAUACCUAAAAUAACUCAAGAUGUCAGAAAAAUCUGUGGCAUGGGGUGGGGAGGGAUGCAGGUGUGUCCCAGCAAGGGACAGGGUGUGCCAUGGUGUCUUGUCUGCUCUGUGUCCCUUGGGUACAGCAGCACACCAGCUGUGUGCAGGGUGGCAGGUGGGAGUGUGGAGGAGAGAGGAGCAUGUGGGAGGUCUUGGGGCACUGGAACAGGUGACUUUGGUGGUGAAAAUGGAGGAAAUCACAAUUUCUUCACCAGGUGGCAGAAGGGCUCUUAAUUAUUUGUAUUUCCUUUAUUUUUUUCCUGAGACUUUGAAGAGGUCUUUGCUUGAAAAUCUGAAUACAAACAGGUGGGGCUUCACUUAAGAAAAUAGUGACAGUAUUGUAUUUAUUUCUCCUGGUUAUUUCAGUUAAUGAAAAAGGUUUGUGUAUGAUUCUGCAGCCCCAGACUUAAUGAUUUGAACUGACAACGGUAAUUCCACCUGCAAAAGCUGCUGUGGCAAGGCUUUUUGUAGACAUAGCAGUGUUCUCCAAGCUCAUGUGGCACAGGAGCCCCUGGUAGAUCUUUGAGUUGAGAGCCAAGGCCGGCAGAAAUGGGGGGCUGCCCCUUCACCCUCAAAAUCCACAGUUGCUUCCAGAGCUGGGGCUCCCAGCUCUCCCAAUGGCUGCUGCCACAGUCCAGGUGCAUUCAUGUAACAUCUUGCAGGAUGCUGUCCAGAAGGACUUUUUUCCGGGAGAGCUGUUGAAUUUGUUCCAGACACUGUGAGGAGAGUUCUUGUGAUAUGGUGCAGGCUGCAUCCUUCUGCUUCUCCACCCCUGUUUCCAGUUCCAGGAAGAGGGUAGGGAGCUGUGCUUUUGAAGAUGUGGUUAUUUUCUCUGCUUUACUUCAUCUCCAGAGAUACUCUUCCCACUAAUGUAAAUUGAUUCCUUCUCUAAUUUUUCUAGUAGGUUUUCUGGUUUUUUCUGGGAGGAUGGGAUUUGGAUUCUAGCUGUAGCAGAACAAAUGAAAUAACUGAAAACAAAAAAGGAGCUUCAUGGCAAACAAAUGGUGUCUCCCAAACUCUUCGUACUUAAAAAAAUCUUCAGUUUCUUUUACUUUUGCCACAUCAGCUUUUUGAUCUGCCUAAAAUAUUUUUUAAAAUAAUGUUUGGUGUUCUCAUUGAAUUUAAUAUUGUCUCUACAAGCAUUUAUCCAUAUCAGCUGUUUCUUCUUAUAUCCUAAUAAGCCUUUCCAAGGUACGAUUGACUUAUUUUUCAAAUUAAGCAGUAUUUCCAGUUUCUUCCACUUCUGUGCUCUUGCCGGGGGUGUUGAGUCCACCACAGUUACUGUCCCAGGGUGACUGGGUAACAUUUUGAAGGAAACCUGUUCCCUCAGGAUCAAGCCAAGAGCUAAUGCUACUCAUAAACCAUGGGGUAGUUUUAUUUGUUUGUUACCUUUCUAUUAUUAUUUUUUGAAAGCCCAGCUUGCAGGCCAGUAGCUUUUCUCCUCAAUAAUAAGCAGUGAGCCAAGUAAUGAAUUUUUCUCCUCACAAGAUGUUUUGUAGGAUCCUGUGUACACCAGCUCUGUUCUACCACCUGCUUCAUGCACAUCAUUCCUGCUGCUCUGCCUCGAGGACAGGUCUUGCUUUGGCUUGAACUUCAUUCAGGCAGGAAUGCCCAUGUGAAAUGUUUCUCUGCAGUGCUCACAGAUUACAGUGUCUCUUUUGUCUGGGCACAUUUUCACAGGUGUUUUGCAGUACCAAAGACUUGACUUGGGGCUUUCAGAAUAACGCAAUAAUGCUAACACCAAAUAUUUAGGUAGUUUCUGAGCAUGCGCUGCUAUUAAGACUUUUUUUCCCUUUUUGCUAUUCCUGAAAAUGAAGUCUCUGCACUGAAACUUCCCUUUAAAAGCUAUCCAUUUUUUUUUUAUUGCAUCAAGAGGGAAGCUACGAUUUUUUUUUCUGUCUGAUAAUGGUGUAACUGUGUAUGUCCCCAGUGUUUCCCAUCAUUUUUCCAUCUGAAGUUAGAUGUUCUCCUCCCUUCUUACUCUGUUCCUGUUCUCUGGCAGCCUGCUGAAUUUCUAGACAGCAUCAACUUACAGCAAAGGUGCUUAUGCAUUUUAUCUGCCACCCCUCUCAAAAUGCUGCACUGUCAGAAAGACACAGCUCUAAGAUACCAAACUAUACACAGAACAGGCAGGAUGACACAUGCUGGCUGAAAUCUGUUUGGCUCAGACUUUCAGGAGGUUUCUUUGUUGGGAAACUCUUUUUUCCUCUGCUCUAAUAAUUAAGGGAAGUCACAGACUAUUGCACUAAAUACCAAUCUGAGAGUGCCUAAAAGAUGUUACUAAAUGACAUUUCCAGUGUCUAUAGGUGAUAAUAAUACAUAAUCACAACUCUGGUGUUUAAUUAGCAUGUGGUACUUCUUUUUUCCAAUGCCGUACUUACCUUUUAACAAUGCUCUGAGGGAGAGUGUAAAUACCUUCACUUUCAAGUGGACUCUGAUUUUUAAGAACAUACAAAGCUCAACAUAUGUUUUUGGUGUUGGGAAAUACUUAUUUGCCAUUUGUCUUAAGUUUUAUAUGCCUUUAAAGUGCCACCUGUAUUUGGAAGAGUUCUUAGAGUUGUUUCAGGUGAAAUUUUGAAUGCUACAUAUGGAAUGAGAUUAUUUUCCUGUGAAUAAACUGUUGAAGACAGUGCUCUCAGACUUA